AUGUUGAGCAGACUACUUAUGAACCACAUUAUUAGACGCCGACUCACUCCACCGUUCUUUUAUUUCCUAUCGCAAUUUUAUCAACAUACUUCAUUGAUUUCGUGUCACGUCCCAAAGUCUUUCCACCUUGAGCACAGUCCGACCAACAUUAGUGACCAAAGUCGGUCACACGAUCAGUAUGUGACCGCAGCAUUACUCGCUUCCGAUCGUCGCCUUGAAAACCAGUUGCUCCCCACUGUAAUGUAA